AUGAAUAUCGGUACUGAAGAAAAGCCAACAUUACUACGUUCGCCAGAUGACACACCGGUUGUUCAUAUGGACGUUGACCAUAUGCAGGAGAAGCUGUAUGCAGUACUGAAAAAGAAGGGUAUUUUGAGGUGUGAUCUAAAUAACUGCAAUAACAGUACCAUUAUGACUACGAAUGGGUUGAAUUACGUUGAGUAUAUUUCGUUGGAUCCUUACAACGGAUAUAUUUACUGCGUUGUUCACAGUGGUGAUAUCUUUGUGACUCCGUUAUUCCCAUACAACGCAUCAGAUGUUGUCGUAUCCCCGUUGACAGAGAAGUUGGCAGGUGUUAGUGGUGCUUUCGCUUUGGAGGUGGAUUAUGAAAAUAUGCAGCUUACAGUCGCUACAAAAAAUGGAACUCUCUUCGGGAUGAAUUUAGUCAAUCGUUCACUCACCGAUUUAAGAUCUAAUUAUGAAGUAAAUGGCAGAUAUAGUGGGAUUAAAAAACUUCAUUUUAUGAAGAAUCGGAUGUUCUGGACAGUACCGUCGUGUGGUGUAUUGCCUUUGUUAGACUGCCUCUACAGCGAAGAGUGGGAUCAAGAGAAUGAGAAUGUGCAUCUAAACCAGUAUUUGUUUGCUGGAAGAGUAGUGGAUUUCACGUUUAUGAGGGAUCGUAGUUUGCCUCUGAGUGUUUUACCGCCUGAUGGCAUUGGAUUAAUAACUUCAAGUAAUCUGGCUGUGAUUACAUGGAAACCACCUCCGCUUCUUCCAUUUCAAGCAAACGAAUAUGAGUGGCGGAAUGUUUACUAUCAGUACGGUUUAAUGAGUGAAUCUGAGGAGCAAAGUAAUGCCAAACUUGCGUCAUCAAAUCGUACAUCACAAAUACUUCCCAUUGUGCCAGGUCUUCAGUAUCACGCUUCUGUGCAGGCGUGCAUUUGCAGCGUUUGUUCCGCUCUUUCCAGUGCUAUCAAUAGUGCUUUUGAAUCUGACAGUGAUCCGCCCUUUGUGAUGGUCAAUCGGAAGGAUGGCAACCUUACUAGCAGCAUUUAUCGGUACAGUGAAGUUGAGGGAAAAACACGUUUUCUUGAGACCGUUACAACGCGGUUCCUUACCAUUUUGCCUCGAUUUGCUCUACUUGUUAUGGCUUCAGAUUAUGUAAUCACAUCUUAUAGGCUAUCAGGAAGUUUCGAACAAGUAUUGUAUUCUUGCGACUCAUUAGGGAGCUGCGGUAGUGUAGUAGGUUUAGGCGGAGAUGAUGAAACUGGUGACGUGUUCUUUCUCAUACAGAACGCAAACAGCACUAUCAGUUUGUUUGGCUUCAACCAAGAUAUGCGGAAGCCAUAUUUUAUUUCCUCCUCGGUCGAUUUUCCACCGAUAAGGCAACUGCUUGUGGCUAAAGAAAAGUUAGCUUUUGUCACUGAAAGUAACGAAAUCGGCGUUUGCGACAAGAAACUUGGGUCAUUAAAUUUGAACCUUAUUGCCGAAAAAGUUGUCCUCGUUCAUGACGAGAACGUCACUGAAAGUCAUACAAUUACGUUUACUUCUUCUCGUUUAAAUGUCAGCAGUAAACGUGAUAGACUAUCCUGGGAAAUUGCUUCUGACCUUGCAGGCGAAAAAAUAAUUUUCAAGGUUAACAAUGUUUUUGUCAAGGUUGCUGUUUUCAAAGAUCAUUUUGGUGGUGAUAGAUUUGUCAAUUAUUCACUUCAGCCGGAGUUCUACUUGUCACCUUUUAUUUUGGGGUCGUGGGCUUCAAAACAAGUUUACGACAUCAAAGUUGAUGCAAUAAACGCUUGGACAAUAGUUUCAGUAAAUCAAACAGGUCUUAUUGCACCGACAAAACCGCCUACAACACCGCAAAAUCUGCGCGUUUUUGCAACUCAGCAGAAAACUGUGGAUGGGGCUCGAGCGCUGAUAGAUCUCUUUUGGGAUGAGCCAUCAGUCUGGAAUGGGGAGAAAAGCGGUUACGUUGUUAACUGCACUGUUGAUGGAGAAGAGCGUUGGUCCACUGAAAUCCUACCAGUCGAAAGAACAUACUCUUUUAAUGUUAAAUCUGGGAGAGUUAGUUGUGUGGUCGGAGCUCGUACAGAAUUGACCUUAGUGACUUUUUCGCAGCCAAUUACUAUUGAUAGUAGUGAUUUAAGACCGCUGAUACGCGUCUUUGCAGUGGACUCUUCUAAUAACCUGGUUCAAGUUUGUAACUCAUCAUUUUCUUCGAAUAAUUUAGCAAAGCGUCAAGCUUCUAGUUCUGCCAUUGCUCAGCAAGCAAUUGCCUACAUAGGGAAUAACCUGUACGCGUUGAGGAACGAUGCUGACAUUGUUCAACCAUACCUUCUGCGAUUGGACUCAAACAAUGUAGAAUAUGUGAUCCAAAAAGUUUCACUCGCUGGUAAUGUUGCCGAAGUGGAUGCGAUCAUUUCUGAUUGGGUGGCUAACAGACUUUUGUUUAUAUCUGGUGGCAACCUUCUACAACUUUUCCUUGAUGUCAUAGAAAAUUCGGUUCCUUUUUCUUCAAGAAUAAGCACUGCGUACCUUUUAACCAAAAAUGGCUCGCUGUUUGCACUAUUUUUGAACAAAAAAGUAGAAGAGAACCUUGCGCUAAGAUUUGAAUGCCUUAAAACGGAGACUGUAACAGCAAUGGUGAGCAACUUCGUUUGGAAUAGCGCUGCGUUGGAUUCAAUUGUCGUACUUACAUGGAACGGGCUGUCGCGUUUAAAUUUUGCGUCAUCGACAUGUGAGAAGAUUGAUAUUGAUGACAGCAUUUUCGGAGAGAAGAAACUUAAAGCAGUCUUAUCUUUUGCGGUGUUUGGUGCUAGGUACCUUUUCACUACUGCAACCGGAGUUAUCGAGUAUGACGAAAAUACAAAGAACUCUAAACCAAUAGAGGCAAUUUCAUUACCGCCAACUCAAUAUGAAAUUCGCUUUAAACGCAAAGAUUCAGACAAAAUAACGAGCACUUUGACCAUUGCUACAACAACUCACAUUGAAAGUGGCGUGUUGGAUAAAGAAACCGACUACGAGGUUUCGGUGGCUUUUCGCAAUCGCUACACAUCGCUCGUUGAAUCAUCUGUUACGCAACUUUUCAUCACUGGUUACGGGUAUCCUACGGCUCCAAUGGAACCAGCAGCAGUCGCCAUCGCUCCCGAUGCUGUUGUUGUAUUCUGGAAAUUACCUGCCAAAGCAAAUGCGCCGUUAAGCGAGCUCAGAUAUCGGAUAAGUCAUUCAAGUGAAUUGUUAAGUGUGCCAGCAGCAAUAGGCGCCUUACAGGCUGAUGACAGUGUCUCUGGCGGAUAUGCAAAUUCUCUGACAGAUGUUGUUUCAUGCGUCGCGAACCCCUGUUCUGCAAAACUACUGCAUCUUCGUCCUGCUACAGAUUAUAAGUUUUGGGUAAGGGCCAUUCAUCAGUCUCACCUUGAAUCACAGUAUGAAGAUCCUGAAGCUAUUUCGGGCGAAGUAGCCGUUCAUACAAAGGAUACUCCCGGCACAGUUAAGCCUGAAAAUAUUACUAGCACUUCUGUAACGCUACACUGGAUAUCUUUGGAGCCAGAGAGCUCACCUGCUAGGAUCUCGAUUGAAUAUCGCGUUGCAGAAGAUAAAUCUGCUGUCAGUCAUUCUAAGAAUAAUUCGGUGAUAAAAUGGAAAAGCCCUGCUGACGCUUCUUUUGAGUGGUCGCACCCGGCAACUAUAGUUAUUGAACGUCUCAGGUCAGCGACAGUUUAUGAAUAUCGUUACGCUGCUGAUUACAAAGAAUCAUACUCGUAUGGAGGUCGGAUGAUUUCUGUUCCGGGACGAUAUUUUCAUACUACACAACAAAUUAAGACGAAGCCUGGCACACCUAGUGCUCCCGCUAGCUUGGAAUUAAUUUAUGAUGAAGAAGGCUUCUUUGUUAGGUGGACAGCUCCUGCAAGUAAUGGAGGAUCAGAUAUCGUUUCUUACGCUCUUGAAUAUAGACCAAGUGAGGACUCUGAGUGGGAAAUUGCUGAAAGAGGCCUUAGUUUCAAUGAUUCGGAAUGGCGUCCUCUGCAGUCUACUUCCUUUGGUUCCAAUGUGGAGUUCCGUAUUCGUGCCGCGAAUAGUGAGGGGUUUGGAGAUUACGCUUAUUCCAAACCUCAUCAACCAAACGGUAGUCAUUCCUUUCCUUAUUCACUUUGGGCUGUAGCUGCAUGUAUGGUAAUAGCAUCGCUGUUUGCUGCGUGUGUUUUGGUCGCACUUUUGGUUUACUACCGAGAACAUGGAAAGAAGUUGAAAAAAAUGAAACGUUUACAAAUCGGUCUUAGGCAAAUGAACAAUUUAGAUACGCCAUUCGAAAUUCCUGCAGAUUUAUCAUGUGACCUUAAAUGUGUACCGCGGGUCAAGAAGAGCUGCAUUAAUGUAAAAAGUAUUCUUGGCACUGGAAGUUUUGGAGAAGUAUUUGAAGGAGUAGUUUGUGGACUGCCUCACGCUCCAGAGAAAAGUGUGCUGGUGGCUAUUAAGGCUCUUCGAAAGGACUGUAGUCAACUGGACCGCAAGAAAUUUUUGCAAGAAGCAAUUACGAUGCACAAUUUCGACCAUCCAAACAUUGUAAGACUUUUGGGGAUAUCUAUUGAUAGUGAACCUUUGUACCUUCUUAUGGAACUGAUGGAAGCAGGCGAUUUGUUGACUUUUCUAAAAUCGAGUAGACCUACGGAAGUUCUUCCAUCUCAGCUUUCUUUGAGCGAAUUAAUCGCCAUGAUGGUUGAUGUCGGCAGAGGCGCUACUUAUCUUGAAGCUAAUCGGUUUGUCCAUCGUGACUUAGCAGCAAGAAAUUGCCUAAUUUCUUCACGCCUUUCACCGAGAACGACUAAAAUUGCCGAUUUUGGAUUAGCACGAACCAUGCAUAAAGGUGAAUAUUGCCGGUUGAAUGGAGAGGAACUAUUACCACUGCGCUGGCUAGCACCUGAGAUUAUUAACGGUGGUUCUGACGGUGCAUUUACAUCGAAAACUGACGUCUGGUCUUUCGGUGUUCUUUUAUGGGAAAUAAUCACAUUGGGACAACAGCCAUACGCGGGGAAGGACCAGUUCCAGGUCAGGUCAUUGAUUGGUGAGGGAGUAACUCUUGAAAAACCAGCUGCAUGUCCGGAUGAAAUCUUCGCGGUUAUAAAACGAGCUUGGGUAUUCAACCCUGACGAUAGGCCAAGCUUUAGUGAACUGUUACCUGAACUAGAGAACUUGCAAGAAAGUUCUCAUUACUUGGAUGAAAAACCUUAUCCGUGCUCGCUUACUCCGUACGCAUUAACUUUAACUUUUGAGUCGUCUAUCGACUCAAACGCUAGCGGUUCUGGCAGUGCGGACCGCAGUGCAAGCAUUCGAUUUGAUAAAAGUGAUAAUCACUCAACAAAAAAGCAGGGCCGCCCUUCUGUAUUGAGAUCAUUGAGGAAGGAACAGUCAAAAAGCCCGUCGUUAAAUGAUGCUUUGCCAGCAAACAACAUGGAGUUUCCCGAACAAGCAGUUCUUUCAAGUGACACAGCAGCGACUUAUCUUGAUGAGAACACCUUGGAUAAAAGUUGCUUGUCAUCACAGCUUGGCACUAAGGAAGCUUUUAAAAACACUCAGCUGAAUUGUUUGUUCGCUCACUCAGCUUCAUCAGCUGACACACAGUCAUUCAAUGAUAGUAAUUCGUCGUACUAUCGUACUGCUCGGGUCAGUAGGGUUUGA